UUGCAGAAAAGUUACUGGUGUGGUUCUGAAACAGCUGAGAAGGAUCUUGACUCUGUAGGUGAUACUUAUGAUGUUGACAGCAGACAGUACUUCGAGGAAGAACCAGCUGGAUUAACACCAGGCAUUGUCAUCAGGAAUCUCAGAAAAGAGUUCAAGACUCUGGGAGGGAAGGUGAAGGUGGCUGUUGAAGACGUCUCCAUGACCUGCUACGAGGGUCAGUGUACAGUGUUGUUGGGUCACAACGGUGCUGGCAAGACCACAACAAUGUCUAUACUCACAGGAGUGUUUGCUCCAAGUGGAGGGUAUGCAGAGGUUGGUGGGUGGAACAUUGCGACCAACUUGGCUGAGGCGAGGGAGGAGGUGGGUCUCUGCCCCCAACAUAAUAUGCUCUUCGUCGAUCUCACCGUCCUCCAGCACCUCCUCUUCUUUGGCAGGCUUAAAGGGAUGACAACAGCUGCUUCAAGAGAAGAAGGCAUGGGAAUCCUGAGACAAUUGGAUCUGCACGACAAACAAGACUUCUUCGGCAAUCAACUUUCUGGUGGCAUGAAACGCAAACUCUGCUUGGCUAUCUCCCUCAUAGGAGGUUCCAAGGUGGUGAUCCUGGACGAGCCAAGCAGCGGACUGGACCCAGAGUCUCGACGGUGGGUAUGGGACGUGGUGCAGGGAGAGCGAGGACGUCGCACCGUCCUCGUCACUACCCACCACAUGGAGGAAGCUGAUGUACUGGGUGACCGUGUAGCUAUUAUGGCCUCUGGCAGGGUGGUUUGUGCAGGGUCAUCACUAUUCCUCAAAAACAAGUUUGGUGACGGCUACACACUGGAGAUGAUGGUGACAGAGAGUUGCAAUGUAGAGUCUGUAAAGGCUGAGGUGAAGACACUCAUGCCUUCCGCCUCUCUUCACAAAAACCAAGGAAUGGAAAUCACCUUCAAGCUCCCUCCCACUACUUCCAAGUUUGCACCGCUGUUGGAGUCCCUCACAAGCAGGAAGGAGCAGCUCGGUCUGCGUCAUAUCGGUCUUUCUCUCACCACAAUGGAGCGUGUCUUCCUUGGAGUAAGUGAAUUGAUGGAGAAAAAUGAAGAAAUUCCUAAGGCUUCAGAACUUGGAAUUGAAAAUUGUGAGGAUGACAUGAAUGGCUCCUUGGGUGCCAGCAUAGAAAAAGGUUUAGCCAGCAGUAGCCAACAGCAUCUCUACAACGAUCACACAAAUUCACCAGAUCGACUCUCAGGUCACCGUCUGCUGUUGCAAAGAAUUAAAGGCUUCUUCAUUAAACGUAUCAUCUACUCCAAGAGGAAAUGGCCUCUCAUUAUCACUCAGGGUCUGAUACCAGUGGUGGUGACGAUCUCUUGCCUCCUAGUGGACCAAACUUUCGAUAUGCUCACGUCUCAAGAGCCCCCGCUGGACCUCAACCUCUCCAUCUUCUCUCACUCGUACUCCUUCUUCAGUAAUGACCCAGAUCUCUACAACUUGGCUGAUCAAUAUGAAUCACUUUUCUGGGAUUCUCAUGAGGUGAGCCACGUGGACAACAUGACUCAGAGUCUCCUUCAAGAAGCUGAUAAGAACCUUUUGCAAUAUAGAGAGAACCAUAUUUGUUCGGCUGAAUUCUUGGACGACGGGAAGGAAGCCACUAUAAGGAUCCUGGCGCAGACUAUUCCUUACCACACUCUUGGAAUAGGCGCCUCCCUGGCCUCCAACGCCCUCCUCAAACUAGCCACCAACUCUAGCAGCCAAAGUAUCACCACAACCAACUGGCCACUUCCCCCAGACACAACAUGGAAGUUUACCUCGGAGUUCACCAUGGGCAGCAUCGUCUACUCUAACAUGAUGCCUCUGGCCCUGGCCUUUCUCUCCGCGUCCUUCCUGGUGUUUCCUCUACAGGAGAGAGAGAGCAGCACAAAGCAGGUACAGGUAAUGACAGGAGCUCCAAUAUGGGCUCUCUGGACGACCACAUUUCUCUGGGACUUCGCCACCUACCUGGCAUCAAUGCUGCUUAUUUUCAUCUGCUUCAUGGCUCUGGACUUCCAUGGCUACUUCACCAGUGACAUAGCUCCAGGUGCGCUGUUUGUGUUGCUGCUGCUGUACGGCUGGGGGAGUAUCCCCAUGGCAUAUGUCUUCAGUUUUCCCUUCCAGACUGCUGCCUCCGGCUUUGCUGUUCUCGCUCUCGUCAACAUUAUUGCCGGUGAGCUGAUGACGGUUGUGGUGUUUGGUCUGCGAGCGGCGAAUCAGAAGACUCUCACUAUUGUCAGUGAUGUCCUCUACUGGAUCACCUCCACUAUCCCCGCCUUCCCUGUGGCCAAUGCGUUUGCUCAUCUGGUGGAUGUGAGUGUCCAUAACAAGAAGUGUGACCAGUUCAAUGAGUCAGUCACAGAGAGACUGUGCAGUGUACUUGCCUUAGUUUCACCGAACAAUUCUUAUAUGGAGUGCUGCAAUUUUAACGACCCGCCAAUGUGCAGCCACGAGGGAAAUCAGGUGUGUUUUGAGACGUGGUCCUACUUCCGCUUCAUCGCUCCAGGCUUGGCUCCAGACCUGCUGACUCUUUUCGCUAAUGGCCUCAUUUUCAUAGCUAUUAUCAUCAUUUUAGAAUCUGGUGGAGGUGUAAUGUUCCAGCGGGUUUGGCGCAGUGUGACUUUUCAGUCCAGACUCCAGCUGGUUACUACGGGAGUGUCUCAGGUUGUUGACGAAGAUGUCACUGCUGAAGCUGACUUAGUGGCCUCACUUAUGACCCCAGCUGGAGCAACUGCCCAUACGAUGACAGAAAUCUCCCAGGACACUACACUCAUAGCCUGUAAUUUAUCGAAGCAAUACAGUGGCUGCUUGACACGAGCUGUAGACAACAUCAGCUUCAGGGUGGGGCGCGGCGAGUGUCUUGGUCUCCUGGGCGUCAACGGUGCAGGCAAGACUACCACUUUCAAGAUGCUAACGGGAGAUGAAAUACCUACAGAAGGAGACGCAGUGAUUGAUGGUCUCUCCCUCAGGCACGAGAGAAAUAAGUUUGUCCAGAACAUUGGCUACUGCCCACAGUUUGAUGCCUUCUUGGGUGACCUGACAGGAGUAGAAAUGCUACAGUUGAUGGGGCGGCUGCGAGGCAUAAGUGAAACAUAUCUGAAAGAAGUCAUUGCCACCCUUGUGCCACUUGUGGACUUGACGGAGUGUGCAGAACGACCCUCUUCUACAUAUUCAGGAGGAAACCGUAGGAAGCUGUCAACAGCCAUGGCCCUCGUGGGGUCCCCUCCUCUGGUGUUCCUGGAUGAACCCACCUCAGGAGUUGAUCCGGUCUCCCGUCGAAGGGUGUGGGGAGCCGUCAGUCAAGCCACAAGAAAUGGCCAGAGUGUUGUACUGACCAGUCACUCCAUGGAGGAGUGUGAGGCUCUCUGCUCGCGCAUUAUAAUUAUGGCUAAAGGAACUCUUCGCUGUGUAGGAAGUACUGGACAUCUUAAAGCCAAAUUUGGACAGGGAUACAGUCUUCAAGUGAAGUUGAGAACACAUGGGUUCACUCAGGGUGAUAAAGCAGAAGAUGAACACGCAUAUAACAUCAAUGUAUCGAUGCUGAAGAAUGUUAUCAGUCAUCAUUUACCUGGAUCUACGCUCAUUGAUCAACAUAAGGGCAUGCUUGCCUAUCGCAUCCCCAGCAACGUACCCUGGGGACAGCUGUUUUCAGUGAUGGAGGCCCUGAAGGCUGGACGUGACCCUUAUCCCGCUAUACCUGGGAGUCAAUCAUCUUCCAUUACCUCUUCAUGCCCAUCCAUUGUGGAAGUCUACGCUGCCUCUGACACUACCCUGGAGCAAGUCUUUCUAUCUUUUGCAAGGGAAGAGGCACUGGAGCAAACAUUCAGCGUUUCUGAUGCUAUUAAUGGUGGUAGUGAAGGUCACCGUACUUCAUACACUGCCUCUGGUAUCAAGAUGUCUGCUCCUCUCCCUCAGACACAUGAUCACAACAAAACUGAUUUACAAGAAGUAACAGCAUUGUAAUACAUUCAAUAAUUUAUCUUCUAUAUUAUUAAUAACAGAAAAAUUAUUUUAUUCAUGGAGACGCUCUUAACCCGUAAGGGUCAUACAGCGCCUGAAGAUUAAGAGAAAAUCAGGUUAGGUUCAAUUAGUCGAAUAAAAGGUUCUACAACAGCGUCAGUACACUCUUAGUUAAUAUGUUAUGUUCUACAACUAUUGUGUCAGGUUGUCUUUGUAUCUCCUCGUCUUUGAAGGAAUAUCAUCACUGGUUGACCUACACCGGUUUAUCAUCUCUGUGAUAAUAACUUGACAGAUUACCUGAGGCCAUGUCCACCAUGUUAUGAUCAAAUGAAAAAAAAAAUCAAUGCAGUUUUUACUAUAAUUUGAAAGGGGGAAAUGCAAUGUAUUUUCUUAAAUUUCUUUUAAAUUCUUAUGUAUAAAUAUAUUUGGAACUUCUUUCGUGUGGAUUAAUGGGAGCCAAGAGCAAUUUAUUUGACUAGAUCAGCGUAGUCAAAUUGCGCUUCUCGAAGCUACUCUGUGCGGCUCCCGAGACUGUAGGGUUUUACUGCUAUUUUUCCUAUAAUCUUAUAUUAAUAAUUUAUUGUAGUAUAGUAUGUACCAAUAUAUAUAUAUAUGUAUAUAUA